UGGCGUGAAAACUGAAAAGAUGAAAUAGUUGAUUCCCAACAGAGCCUGACCUCACCUCAAAAGUUCAGUGUUACUUCCUUCAAUUCUUUCGUACAAAACCUUGAGGAAUCCCGACUGUAUAUUAGGUCCACAAAUCAGUCAUGCAUGUCCAAUGCACCUGGACAUUCCCUCAAAUGCGCUUCAGGCACUCGACAUCGUCAUUUCUUUCCUUGUCAAAGCAUUUGAGUGGGAGCUUCAGUGUUAGAAUUGGGAGCGGAAGAGGAAGGAGCUGUGGUUACCCAUCUUUCGUGCCCACCAUGUCCACCGUUUCGACUGAGAAAGACACUGUUUCUACUACUAGCGAGUCGAUCCAGAAGACCGCUCAGCCUUUGCAGGUUGCGAAGCGCUUGGAGAAGUUCAAAACGACGAUUUUCACUCAAAUGAGUAAUCUUGCCAUCAAGCAUGGGGCAAUAAACCUUGGUCAAGGCUUUCCCAACUUUGAUGGCCCUGAGUUUGUAAAGGAAGCAGCAAUUCAAGCCAUCAAGGAUGGAAAAAACCAAUAUGCUCGUGGAUAUGGGGUCCCAGAAUUAAACAAUGCCAUUGCUGAACGGUUCAAGAAAGAUACUGGACUUUCAGUUGACCCUGAGAAGGAAGUUACAGUUACCUCUGGGUGCACAGAGGCGAUUGCUGCUACUAUUCUGGGGUUGAUAAAUCCCGGUGAUGAGGUGAUCCUCUUUGCUCCUUUUUAUGAUUCAUAUGAAGCUACUCUCUCCAUGGCUGGUGCCAAUGUCAAAUGUGUAACAUUGCGCCCUCCAGAUUUUGCUGUCCCCAUCAAUGAACUGAAGUCCGCUAUCUCGAAGAAUACACGUGCAGUACUUAUAAAUACUCCACAUAACCCAACUGGAAAGAUGUUCACCAGAGAAGAACUGAAUGUGAUUGCAUCUCUCUGCAUUGAAAAUGAUGUUUUGGUUUUCACCGAUGAAGUUUAUGAUAAGUUGGCUUUUGAAAUGGAUCACAUUUCCAUGGCAUCUCUUCCUGGAAUGUUUGAGCGUACAGUCACCAUGAAUUCCUUGGGGAAGACGUUCUCCUUGACAGGAUGGAAAAUUGGAUGGGCAAUAGCUCCCCCGCAUUUGACAUGGGGAGUGCGGCAGGCACAUGCUUUCCUCACUUUUGCUACUUCCACUCCAAUGCAGUGGGCAACAUCAGUAGCACUUAGAGCGCCAGACUCUUACUAUAAGGAGCUCAAGAGAGACUACAUGACAAAGAAAGCAAUUUUAGUGGAGGGAUUGGAGGCUGUCGGUUUCAAGGUAUUUCCAUCAAGUGGGACCUACUUUGUGGUUGUAGAUCAUACCCCUUUUGGGCUGGAAAAUGAUAUUGCUUUUUGCGAGUAUCUGAUCGCGGAAGUUGGGGUUGUAGCAAUUCCGACUAGCGUAUUUUACUUGAACCCUGAAGAUGGAAAGAAUCUAGUUCGAUUUACGUUCUGCAAGGACGAGGAAACUCUGAAGGCUGCAGUUAAGAGGAUGAAGGAGAAGUUGAUGAGAAAGUGAUCCAACUGCAUGAUCACAUGGAUUUCAUUAGUUAGUGAGAUGGUAACGUUCGUGUUGCAAUGUUAAGCAUUUGAGGUUGAAUUUAUCCUUCCUUUUACCUAAUUGAAGACAGUUUUUUCUGAACUUUCACAUGGAUUUCCUUCUGCUACUCUGCUAGAAGAGUAGAAGUAGAUUAGUAUCACUACGAACCUAGAUAGUCAUUAAAUUAUGAUUGUCUGGUCAUGUGGAUCCUUUCUUAUCAUUGCCUCUUAUUGCAAACCUUCCAUUGUUUUGAUGAA